AUGGUGGUAACAUGUUCUCUUCCUGGAUCUACAGAAGCAGCUCCAGAGCAAGAUGAAGAAACACCUAAGGAGGAAAUGCCAACUCUGGUGCCCUCUCCUGAGCCAGAGCAGGCUCCAGGCACAGCUGCCACUGAACUUCCAGAUGUGGACCCACCUGCAGCUUCUGCCAAUUUCCACAUCCAGCUGUUUCUGGGGGGUGUUAUUCAGGGCCCCAGAGUGGAGGAGAAAAAACCAUCAACCCUGAGUAGGAAAAGGACCAGUAGGGUGCCAGCAGCUGCAGCUUCCUCACGAACUGUGCGCCUGGCCAGCACGUCCACAGUGCUCACAACACAGGUCCCCCAGAACCUGUUUGCCACCUGGGAGGUGGACUGCUCCAGCGCCUGCUGUGUGCCCAGGGUGUGUAGUCUCACUUUAAAGAAGCUAGUGAUCUCCAAGAAGCUGGCCAAGGACCUCAACUCCGUGGUAAUUUCCGUGAAUAUGCAGGACUCCAAGGGCAUCCUGAGGUCCCAAGAAAUUGUGCUGCCCCGCAGUGGGCCAGUGCAGACCGACCUGGCAUUGACCUUCUCCCUGCAGUACAACCACUUCCUCAAGGGAGGAGGUAACAAGCUACUGAUCAUGCUGGAGCAGAGGAAGCGCUAUAAGAAUAGGACCGUCCUGGGCUACAAGACACUGGCCACGGGCGCCAUCUCCAUGGAUGACGUCAUGCAGAAAACCCCAAAGUGUGACCAGAUGCUGAGCCUCUGCAGCAGAGUCAAGGAGUCCUUCACCAAGGUGGCCGAGAUCUGGAUCUCCUCACUGUGAAGUCAGCCCAUCAACAAGGAGGACAUGGCCAUACAAGCCAAUCUCAAGGCUGAGUGCUCAGAGAACCACUCUAAGGGCAAGUCUGAGAACUUCCUCUCAAAGCUAGAGGCCAGCUGCAGUGCCAGACACAGGCAGGACCAGGAGGAGGAUGACUUUGACAAGGGGAAUCUGAUAGUCAGAAAGAGGUCCAUGACUCGGCAACAGAACUACCACCAGAAAGUCUUGUUAUGGCUGCACACAGUCAAAGUGUCAGAGGAGAUCCUGGACAUUGGGCAGGAAGGACUAUGUGGAGCAUUCCAGGAGGUGGAGGAGGACCUGGACCUCCUGUAUGACAUGCUGGAGAACGCCAGUGACAGUGGCCCAGACAUGACGGACAAUCACAGUGUCCUCAGCAGCCCCAAUCCCAAGUUCAGGAUAUACAUCGAAGGCCUCUCAGACUCCAGCUUGCAGAUGAAGAUGUGGGGCCUCCAUGUCAAUGGUCCAAGGAAUUCACCUGGGGAGCAGCUGGAGGACAGCCUGGAGGCAGAGUCCUCCGUCUGAGGUUGGUUCACCAAGAUGCUCCCAUCCAUAGUGCGCUUCACCAAGUCUGUAGUCAUCCCCUCCAGCAGGUCCAAGGAGAAACAGGCUGGCCACCGGGGCUGCAACACAGGCCUGAAUGAGUGGUUCAACAGCCUGGACAAUGAUGGCCCCGACCUACAGAACCAGCGGCAGAUCCCCAGAAAGCCCAUGAGUGACCAGCCAAACAACAUCCUCAUUUCCCACGACAAGCUGGCCAAGAACAUCAUCCUGGUCAACAGUUCGGACUGGCAGGGUCAGUUACUUUCAGACAUCCUGCAGGGGCACACGCUGCCUGUGUUGUGCGCUUGUUCCACAGUUGAUGUCCAGGAGGCAUUUAGCAUCAUCAUCUCCUGGAUGCAGAGAUAUUGCAACUGCAAUUCCCAAGCUCUGAUGCAAUUUUCCCACCAACCACCCCAAUGGCUGGACUACAUGUGUGUUCUGGUCAUCCUGCUGGGUUCCCACCCCCUGGCCAGGUACCUGGGUUCCAUGGAAUGUCGCUACAGCAACUUCUUCCAGGACCUAUACUGGUGGGACAUGUUCAACAACCUGCAGUCCCAGAACACCUUGCAGGACACACAGGACGUUUUGUCGAGAAUCACAGAUAGGUGCCUACUGUGUCUACCUGCUGCCAUCGCAGAGGCCAUGCUCAAUGAGCAGCAGAAGCGCCCCAACGAGAAGUCCUCACAGAAGCUCAUUCCCUUAGUGGGGGCAGUGAAGGUUGGAAGAGUGGAUCGAUCUGCAGCCAUGUCAAGAGAUUCAGAUGAUGUGGACCCCUCAUGCUCCAGUGUUCUUCCUGCCAGGAAGGCCUCACCCAACACACUCUCCCCUCCGUCAAUGAGUGGGGGCCUGUCCUCCCCCAGCCAGAGUGUCCAUGCAGAGAUGAUGGAGCUGCAGGUGGAUUACUGAACAGCAGCCCAACCAAUAGACACGAAGAGAAUUGUGGAGAAGAAAGACCUGCCUACCGCCAAAAGCACACUAAAGUGCUUCUUCCAGUCUAUCCAGGCCAGCAGGCUGCCCAGCAGUGGUGAGGACACAGCAACACCCACCAUGUCCAUGACAGUGGUCACCAAUGAGAUGAAAAAGAAGGAGCCCAAGAAAACCAAGAACAAGGAUGUGGAGUCCACAAGCCAGUGCAUUGAGGGCAUCGGUCACCUGGUUUGCAAGGCAAAGAACCAGCAGAAAAUGCUGCCAGUCGUCAUUGAUGGCACAGAGUCGAACGACGUGACGUUCUUCCAGCUGGCAGCCCAGUGGUCCUCUCACGUCAAGCUCUUCCCCAUCUGCAUCUUUGGACAUUCCAAUUCCACAUUCUAG